GCGGGCCCGCGGAUUGGGCCGACACGGCGACUUGAUAUCAGCCUAGGUACGCUAUCUCCGGAAAUAUCGGUAGGUACAAGCGGGACAGUAAUUUAAACUUAAUGCCAUCCCCCUAGACAUGCAGCUCCCCUCUGGGACUGACUCCUCUUUCUCGGGUGUCCGAGUUUUUCUCGACCUGUUGCGUUGAAGCCGAGCUGCUCACCUCCGCCGGGGACACGAUCCGGACCUUUUUCUUUCUCCCCACGGAGUAGUUACGGAGGAGCUGCAGGGGCCAUGGUCUUCUUCCCGAGGCGGAUGCACGGCGCGCUGCUGCUGUUGCUACUAUCCUUCCUGCUACCGCCAGCAACAGCGUUCGAUUUCUCAUCAGACUGCGUCUCGGACUGCAUUUCCGCCUCGAGAUGCCGCCCCAGCAACGAGCGUUGUGUAUGUGGCGCCGCGAGGAAGAUGCUGCUCGACUCGGUCAUUAGCUGCAUGUACUUCAACUGCAAGUCGGACCUGGUCAACUACGAGGCGGCCUUUUUGGACCCCGUUGAGGAAGGGUGCGCCGACGAGGGGAUGAAAAUUCCGGCCUCCAAAAUCCAGGCCGCCGAGAGAUUGGCGAGCAGCUACAUCUCUCAACUGCCACGUUCCACAACCACGCCGCCACCGACGACGACGGCCAAGGCACCACCCGCCACCACCACGUCGACGAAGGACUCCCCAAAGCCGACACUGCCGACGACGACCACGCCGAGUUCGACGGCCGAAAAGCCGUCGGAGACGACGUCGGAACCAGAGUCGGACUCAACCACGGAAGAAACCACAUCAUCUUCCAGCACCUCAACUGCUGUGGACCAGGACGAUGGUGCGGUGCCGACAUCAACAACCAGUGAAAGUCUUGCUUCGUCAACUGUGGCCUCGCCGCCCCCGGCGCAAGCCACUGAGUCUUCGCCUAGUGCCUCGCCUACGUCGAGACCUCGCUUUGGGGAUACCAACCCCUUCGCUACUCCUGACUCUGCCGGUUUCCGGACCCGGGCCUCUUCAGUCUGGCUUGGAGUCUCGGCUAUCAUUGCAUUGAUGACUUGGACGGGGUAGAUAUCUGGCUGUAUUAUAUCAUGUAUUGAUUAGGGAGUGUAUAAAGGGUUAAUGAUGAAUAAAUAAUGAGCAGAGGGGGAAAGGGAUGAUGCUUAUCGGGAGGCGCGUGACGAGGCAUUGGGAGGCGUUGGUUGCGGUUGUUGUGUUGUUGAUAUACCCCGAAUUCCUAACAAUGAGUGAGAUGGGAUGGCCCGAAUCACAAUCGUAUCUACGAUUACUUUGACGUUGAGGCACGUAUGCUACAAAAUGAUGCCCCUGAGCAAUGGGUCAGUAGCUUUACCCUUAAAAACAUUACCAGCAUCUUCUGGCUCAGGCAACAAAAACCAUUACGGGUGCCCCGCCUC